AUGGCGCCCAUCAAGAUUCGGUUACCUCAUCCCUACUUGACUACCUACUAUCUGAAGCCAUCGGACGAGCUUCACAAUGGGACGCAGCUGCUACAGCUUCAGAAGGCUAAAAAAGAGUCACAACCAUUCCCCGAGGCUUUAGACAAUGACAAACUUUACUUUGGGGCACCGCGUCCGGCCAACCCAGAAGUGAUCUCAUCCGCCGACAACACUGCUUGGGCACGAGCACAGCGCAGCCCGUCAUGCCUCUUGAGCUGGAAAGGCAACUCUGUACCAACAGUUGGCCAAGUCUGGUUAUUUCUCUACACGACAUUUACAGUCCAUGAAGAGAUAGAGACCUUCCGUCUCCAGCUCCAAGGCCAAAAUGCCGAAGCUUUGGCACAGUCUAUCCGACUCUCCAUGGUAGCCAUUGACCACCCACAGCCUGUCAGCAAUGCUGCUCAGUGGCAGUCUACGAAUGAGCUUUUGGUAUUGCGCAACGCCUUCUGGCAGGGAUGUGCGUCUCCUCUCGGCUCUCAGCCCAUCUGGCUCCCGAACUGGAACCCAGCUAAAGCGGUUCCUCACCUCGACUUCACCAUGACCUCUACCGAAACUUCGCACCGCCGACACCCUCGCCGACACCCCAAGCCCACCCCCGGCUCCGUUGUUUACAGUCGCUACAUACCCUUCCUGGAUGAACAUUUCUCGCUCGUCGCGCUAGACUAUCAAAAUCCUGAACAUUUGAACCUCUUCCAUACUUGGCAAAAUGACCCUCGUGUCGCUAAGGGCUGGAAGGAAACUGGUACCUUGGACCAACACCGCGACUACUUACGCCGCCAGAAUGAAGAUCCUCACACUCUCACCGUUCUCGGUCGCUUCAAUGAUACCCCAUUUUCUUACUACGAGAUUUUCUGGGCAAAGGAAGAUAACAUCGGUGCACACUACGCGUCUCAAGAUUUUGAUCGCGGUCGGCAUACUCUUGUUGGGAAUGAUGCAUUCCGCGGCCCUCAUCGUGUGAUGGCAUGGUGGCCCAGCAUGAUUCAUUACUGUUUUCUCGAUGACCACCGUACAGAAAACGUUAUUGGAGAGCCUCUCUCGAACAAUGACAAGGUCUUGACCUAUGAUUACACCUUUGGUUUGCAUCAGGAUCAGAUCAUCGAUUUGCCCCAUAAGCGGGCUAGUCUUGUGAAGUGCACCAGGGAGCGAUUCUUCCAAAUUUGUCCAUUCAACCAAGGAAGUCCUCACAUUGCGGGCACUGGCUUGGCUUUUAAGCCUCGACUGUGA